AUGAAACCAAUAAAAGAUGAAGAAGGAAAUUUAAUUACAAAAGAAGAGAAACAAAGGAAACGAUGGGCCGACCACUUCAAGAAGCUCUUGAAUCGACCACCACCUGCACUUCGUCCAGAAAUACCACCUACAGCCGCUGAAAUACAAGUGA